CGGGCGGCGCGGGGCCAUGGCUCCGGGGGAGGCGGUGUCGGGCUGAGCGGCCGGCUGCGCGCCGGGAGCGCUCUCCGCCACCAUGAGGCGGCUGCCGCGGCUCCUGCCUUGCCUCCUCCUCCUCCUCCUGCUGCCGCUGCUCCUGCUGCCUGCCGAGGUCAGAUGUACAAUUGCCUGCACUGAGGAUUGCAGAUCAAAAAACUUAAUUGCAGACAUGGGAACCAGUAGUAAUGAUGAUUUAUCAGUAAACUCUACAAGUAGGAACAAAAGAUCAUCAGGGGAUGUGCCACUACCUGAGCCCAGCAAAGUUCUUGAUCUCCAGGUAGUGGAUGUUGGUGUGACAUCUGUCAACUUGACAUGGAGGGUGAACAACACUGCUUCGGACCCGUACACAUACAGGAUAGAGGUUGCAAAUGGUACCUCCAUUUGGAACAAGACGUCAAAUGUCAAGGAAGCCGAAAUUACGGAGUUAAUCCCUGGGACAAAAUAUAAUUUCACGGUAUUUGCAGUAGCGGCUGAUGGUCAGACGGAAGGAGAAGGAGUGUCCGUAAGCCAGUAUACAAAGCCCAGCAAAGUUCUUGAUCUCCAGGUAGUGGAUGUUGGUGUGACAUCUGUCAACUUGACAUGGAGGGUGAAUGACAGUGCUUCGGACUCCUACACGUACAGGAUAGAGGUUGCAAAUGGUACCCCUGUUAGGAACGAGACGUCAAAUGUCAAGGAAGCUGAAAUUGCGGAGUUAAUCCCUGGGACAAAAUACAGUUUCACAGUAUUUGCAGUAGCGGCUGAUGGUCAGACGGAAGGAGAAGGAGUGUCCGUAAGCCUGUAUACAAAGCCCAGCCAAGUUCUGGACCUCAAGGUAGCAGAUGUUGGUGUGACAUCUGUCAACUUGACAUGGAGGGUGAACGACAAUGCUUCGGACUCCUACACGUACAGGAUAGAGGUUGCAAAUGUUAGGAACAAGACGUCAAAUGUCAAGGAAGCCGAAAUUACGGAGUUAAUCCCUGGGACAAAAUAUAAUUUCACAGUAUUUGCAAUAGCGGCUGAUGGUCAGACGGAAGGAGAAGGAGUGUCCAUAAGCCAGUAUACAAAGCCCAGCAAAGUUCUUGAUCUCCAGGUAGUGGAUGUUGGUGUGACAUCUGUCAACUUGACAUGGAGGGUGAAUGACAGUGCUUCGGACUCCUACACGUACAGGAUAGAGGUUGCAAAUGUUAGGAACAAGACGUCAAAUGUCAAGGAAGCCGAAAUUACGGAGUUAAUCCCUGGGACAAAAUAUAAUUUCACAGUAUUUGCAAUAGCGGCUGAUGGUCAGACGGAAGGAGAAGGAGUGUCCGUAAGCCAGUAUACAAAGCCCAGCAAAGUUCUUGAUCUCCAGGUAGUGGAUGUUGGUGUGACAUCUGUCAACUUGACAUGGAGGGUGAAUGACAGUGCUUCGGACUCCUACACGUACAGGAUAGAGGUUGCAAAUGGUACCCCUGUUAGGAACGAGACGUCAAAUGUCAAGGAAGCUGAAAUUGCGGAGUUAAUCCCUGGGACAAAAUACAGUUUCACAGUAUUUGCAGUAGCGGCUGAUGGUCAGACGGAAGGAGAAGGAGUGUCCGUAAGCCUGUAUACAAAGCCCAGCCAAGUUCUGGACCUCAAGGUAGCAGAUGUUGGUGUGACAUCUGUCAACUUGACAUGGAGGGUGAACGACAAUGCUUCGGACUCCUACACGUACAGGAUAGAGGUUGCAAAUGUUAGGAACAAGACGUCAAAUGUCAAGGAAGCCGAAAUUACGGAGUUAAUCCCUGGGACAAAAUAUAAUUUCACAGUAUUUGCAAUAGCGGCUGAUGGUCAGACGGAAGGAGAAGGAGUGUCCGUAAGCCAGUAUACAAAGCCCAGCAAAGUUCUUGAUCUCCAGGUAGUGGAUGUUGGUGUGACAUCUGUCAACUUGACAUGGAGGGUGAAUGACAGUGCUUCGGACUCCUACACGUACAGGAUAGAGGUUGCAAAUGGUACCCCUGUUAGGAACGAGACGUCAAAUGUCAAGGAAGCUGAAAUUACGGAGUUAAUCCCUGGGACAAAAUACAGUUUCACAGUAUUUGCAGUAGCGGCUGAUGGUCAGAUGGAAGGAGAAGGAGUGUCCGUAAGCCAGUAUACAAAGCCCAGCAAAGUUCUUGAUCUCCAGGUAGUGGAUGUUGGUGUGACAUCUGUCAACUUGACAUGGAGGGUGAAUGACAGUGCUUCGGACUCCUACACGUACAGGAUAGAGGUUGCAAAUGGUACCUCCAUUUGGAACGAGACGUCAAAUGUCAAGGAAGCCGAAAUUGCGGAGUUAAUCCCUGGGACAAAAUACAGUUUCACAGUAUUUGCAGUAGCGGCUGAUGGUCAGACGGAAGGAGAAGGAGUGACUGUAAACAAAUCCACAGUUCCUUCCUCAGUGAAUUCAUUUCAGUGUGAAUCGGUGGCUAAUAUGUCUUACCUAAUGCUGAAGUGGGAAUGUCCUUAUGGUCACUAUUCUGGCUUCACCAUUAAAAUAUCUAAUGGUUCUUGGGUUAUAAAAGAAGAAGAGAGUCAGUCCUGUUCAGGAGAAGGCUUCAAAACAUCACCUUUGGAUUAUUUCAAAACCUAUAAUGUUACUGUUACAACUUUUUCAAAUGAUGAUACAAGUUCUCCAGUGCAGAAAACAUGUAAAACAAGCAUUACAGAUCCACCUACUCCAAAAUCAGCUCCUGUAGUCAAGGUGCUUAGUCACAACUCAUUGUCUGUUGAAUUUUUUGAUUUUGAGUCACUGUAUGGACCAUUAAAAGCCUAUGCAGUAAUGAUCAUAACAGAAGAAGAAGGUUGUCCACCUUUGAAGUCUAAAUUGAACUACACAUACGAAGAUUUCAAGAAAAAGAAGACCGGCACCUAUGUGACUUAUGUCGCAGACACAGAGAAGGCAAAACUACCUUCUUUCCGUUCUCAGAACGUCAUCGAUGUAGGCAAGGGAAACACCAUGUAUGGCUAUAAAAAUGGACCAUUGACUCCACUUCAUUCAUACAGGGCAAGUGUUGCAGGCUUCACUAAUAUAAGCUUUACUGCAGAAAACAUCAUUAUGGAAGAACAUAGUUAUGUAUCAUUUUCACCCUGUUCUGACAAGGUUUCGUUACCCCAGGAUCCAGGUGUUAUUGCUGGAGCUGUUAUUGGAUGCCUUUUAGCUAUAUUGGCUGUAGUCGCUAUAGGGGGUUACAUAUUCUGGACAAGGAGAAGGAAAGAUAAAAGGAAUACUGAAGUGUCCUUUUCUCCAAUUAAAUCAAAAAUGAUUAAAGUGGAGAACUUUGAGUCCUACUUUAAGAAGCAGCAAGCAGACUCCAACUGUGGUUUUGCUGAAGAGUAUGAGGAACUCAAGUCUGCUGGUGUUCAUCAGCCCAAAUUUGCUGCUGAAAUCCCAGAGAACAGGGGGAAAAAUAGAUACAAUAAUGUCUUACCAUAUGAUAUUUCGCGUGUUAAACUUUCGGAUCUGAACUCUGUAACCGAUGAUUAUAUUAAUGCAAACUAUAUGCCUGGCUAUAUCUCAAAGAAGGCAUUUAUUGCUGCACAAGGUCCUUUAUCCAAUACUAUAGAAGACUUCUGGCGCAUGAUUUGGGAAAAGAAUAUCUACUCUAUAGUUAUGUUGACGAAAUGUGUUGAACAAGCCCGGACAAAAUGUGAGCAAUAUUGGCCAGACAAACAAGGCGAGACCUAUGGUGACAUUGCUGUGACAAUGGUCUUGGAGACUGUUCUUCCAGAAUGGACAAUAAGGGACUUCAAUGUAGAAAAUGCCAACACACAGGAGAGCCGCAUGGUGCGUCAGUUCCAUUUCACCUCCUGGCCUGAUCACGGAGUGCCAGAGACAACAGACCUGCUCAUCAACUUCAGACACCAUGUUCACGAAUACAGCAGUCAAAAUCCUAUUGACUCUCCUGUUCUAGUGCACUGCAGUGCUGGUGUCGGGAGGACAGGGACAUUCAUUGCCAUUGACCGCCUGAUUCAGCAGAUUGAAAUUGAGAAUACUGUGGAUGUGUAUGGAGUGGUGUAUGAUCUUCGAAUGCAUCGACCUUUAAUGGUGCAGACUGAGGACCAGUACGUCUUCCUAAACCAGUGUGUCAUGGAUAUUAUUAGAUCCCAGAAAGACAAGAAAACAGAUCUUAUUUACCAAAACACAACAGCAAUGGCAAUCUAUGAAAAUUUCACACCUGAGCCAGGCUUUGGGAAGGCUAACGGCUACCAUGCGUAGCCUGGAAGGAACGCAGUGUCUCCAAGAGGUGUUGUCUGCGCAUAAGAAAGGGAGACGUUCUACGUAUGUUUUCCGGGAUUGUGUGCAGUGUCUUACAUUUGGUUUCUCCAAUUUUGUCCUUAUAUGAAGAUGUGAUCUACAGGACAAAAACAGUGCUGGCAGGAGCCAAGGAUUGUUAUAAAAAGAAAAUACUUAAAGUUAACAGAGGAAUUUUUGCUUUUUCUUGGGAAUUUAACAGUACUGAUAGGUGAAAUAGCAUUUACAGUACGAACAAUGAACUAGAAUUUCAAUAUUAAAAUAAUAACACAAGCUUUUUAUUACAAUUUUAUAUGAUUUCAUUUACAGACACCAGGCUUGUGGGCUGUUUUAAUAUAUUUAAUUAUAAGUUUCAGGAACAUAUUUUAUCUACUGUAUCUGGUUACUUAGCUAAUAGAUAUGUGUCUCUGUGAUCUUUUUUUUUUUCCUGAGUGUUCCUUUUUAUUUAAAACAGGAGUACAAACACCUCCUCCAAAUGGACAUUUGUACUUGGAAAUUGUGCCUUUUCUAGUUGCUACUCUAGAAAAAAAAACAGCAGAGAUUCUAUUUUUGUACUGAAACUCUUAAUGAGAACACAGAUUUUUAAAUAAGGCUUAUGUCAAACCUAACUGUAGUUGCACUGUUGGCAGGACUCUCCAGAAGUUUGGAGGUGAGCUUUGUUUUUGCAUUUCACCAUGAAUAUCCCCUGCCUUAAUGUUUCGGUGCCUCUGCUAGAGGAAAAGGAGUGUGGUGUGUCACUCCAAGCUUUAACUAUAGUGAAAAACUGAGCGAGUAUGUGAAUGUGUGCGCGGGGGUGUGUGUGGGUGUGUAUGAAGGAGAGAAUAGCUCCUCCCUGUUCCUGGCUGAUAUUCCUGUUUUUAUAAAAUUUGUAAUGAUUUAUUUAAAGGUGCAAUAUAUGAUUUACUGAAUAAUGAUCACUCUAUUCUAAUAGAGUUUUACUCAGGUUGGUGUCUUUUUAUCAUUGUUGUUUUUCCUCAAAUGUAUAAAUCUGUGAAAAUGUUGAACUAAGGUUCCAAGUGUCCAAGCACUCCCAAACAGAUUGACUGGCUUUACUGUUUCUACCAAAACAAAUUGCACAAAGUUCUGCUGUAAAGACCAACUUCUCGGUUGAUUUAGCCGUUCAAAACUGAGACAUAUCUUACCUGCCUGCAUCUCAUUGAUCUAAUGUAAUUGUUUUGUAAUUGUUUGCAAUGUACUGCUGCUGUUAUUUUAACUGGUCCUUUUAAAAACAGAACAAACAAGCAGAAAACCCCUAGUUUGCUGAUUUUGCAAGCCAAGGAUUUGAUUGGAUUUUGCUGGUACAUAACUGCUAGACUUGUGAAGGCAUUACCAAUGAAGGACUUCUGAAGUAGUUUGGGGGUGUGUUGUUUUUUGGUCUUUGGAUCAUUGCACUGGUUGCAUUGCAAAGGAAUAUGAAGUUUAUGAAUAAUGCUAUAGAAUAGCUCUAAAGUGAUGAAAAUCUUGUGAAGGUUUAAUAAUCAGAGUCCCUGAAGUUCUGCUGCUUUUUGUUUGUUUGUUUGUUUGUUUUAGCAGAGUUGUCAAAAAUAGCUACAUAUAUUAGGAGUAUAUGUGGUAUUACAGUGGAACCUGGCGACCUCGCAGAAUCCACUGUUAGCAGAAGAAAAUGUAGGAAUUCCUGGUGUAGAACUGUAAAUUUACAGAUAACCAGAGGAAUUUUUUACACCCGGUGUGAAAUGGUGGUGUGCUAGGUGAGCAAAACUGGAGGACAAACCACAAAGUGCUUCAGUUUUUUAUUUUUUUGUAGCAGCCACUUGUGGGUUCUUGAAUAUUUUUUCUUUCUCUGAUUUUUUUUUUUAAAUCAGUACACAUACACACAAAAACAAAACAAAAAAAACCUCCAAAGCUCAUGCAUGAGGUUAGUGAUCCUGCCCAACGCAAUCCAAAAUGGCAGUCCACAUAGUUGAUCUCACCCAGCAUUCUUCCUAAGCUGCUGUCAUAUGACAAACAGAAGUAAACCACUGGGACCAAACAGAACCAUUCCAAAGGAACUGGGAGGAAGAAAGGCCUGCCCCUUACAGUCAUGUUAUUUUUUCUUCCUUUCAGUCUUCUAAGUGCAGAGCACAGAACCAGCAUUCCUUAUUCCAGGUCCUGCAGGAACUUGCUGCCUUAGGGUGGUGAAUGAAUGCUCUGUUGCUUCAGAAGUCCUUGUUCUAUACAGCACAGAGGAGAGGGAGAUGAAUCUUCUACUUUAGAUUGUGCGUUUGCAUUAUAUUGCAGUGGAACAUCAGAACCAGCUAGCGUAGUGUUUCUGCCCAACCACCUUUUCUUGCAGAAAACAAAAGUAUCUGUCCCAUUCUUUUGAUGUUGGAAGCAGGUGCCAGUCUCCCUUGUGUCAGUAUCUAAUGAAUAUCCAUUUUUAACACCAUUGUAUCCACUUCCAACACUUCUGUGAUUUCCCAACACUGAAUCACUGUGAGAAGAGACAGAAGUUUGAACUAAAUGAUCCCAGGGUUAGGUGGAAAAGGUUGGUAAGGCUUAAAAUGCUUUAAAUGAAGUUGGCUCUAUUGUCCCUGUAAGUAGGCCAUGCUUCAUAGGAUAUCUAUUCAGGAAGAACGGGAUUACAGGUAACUAGGGUUCUCUUGUGGAUCCUUUUUGGCCAAUGUGACUUGAAUCCUGGCAAAUAUUUUUUCCCUGCAUUCUGAUGUUCGCUGUGUUAUAAUUGCUGCGAUCUCUCUCUUCAUUCAGUGUUUUCUCUUGCUGUUGCUCAUCUAAACUGAUUUACUUUCCAGGCUCAAAGCUCUACUGUGUGGCAAUGACAUCUCCUGCAUUUCUGUUUUACACUUCUUCCCAUUUGGGGCCUGCUUAAGAAGGGAAAAGUUGAUGCGUUUCACAUAAGUGACUGUUAGUUAAAUAUCUUGAUAUGAUGUACAAAUUUUAUUGUUUUCUUAUUUGUUGUACAGGAAAUUUCAGCACAUCUAUAAUGUUUUUAAUUGAUUUGUUUUUAAAAAUAUAAAAGUAACAAUUAAAAAGCAUCAUCCUAGAGC